CUCUGCUGGUCUGUCGUUGGUCUCCACCGCGCCAUUAUUGUCUUCUUCAUGUCCGAGCUGUGAGCGGCUGAGCGAGCCUCCAGUACCCAGCGUCGCUUCAUCCAGUGACUCCGUUGCAGUAGUUAAUUAUUGCAGAUAUUCUUCAAACAGGAGGUGAGGAAUCAUAAGAUAUCUUCUGGACAGCUUCGUUGUGGGUCCCCGCUGUCAAACCACAAUGAUCACCAGAAGAAGAGGACGCGCUAUGAACACCACAGAGGAGGUGCAGUCUCUGGAGGUCGAAGUGGUGGAAACUGUGGAAGAGCUCCCGAGUCCAUCUGAGGGGUUCCCAUCCGAUGAUAUUGACACCGCUGGAAUAGAGCUAGAUGACCUGUUUGGAAUUGAAGCCUUAAAAUGGACAAUGGAAAGAGGUGCUGACUCCUCGCUCUUCGAUUUUGAGAUGGCUGAUUUUGGUGCGUGCAGUGCCGAGACCCAAUUCAGAGGUGAAGCUUCAACGGCCUCGUCUCCAGAGAGAACGUCAUCUGACUCGAAGAUUAAGAACAGGCAAAACCAGUCGAGCCACCUGAUCAACAAAAAUGCCAUCGCUGCCAGGUUGAAUCGUCUCCGGAAGAAAGAAUACGUCAACAGCUUGGAGAAGAAGGUUGGCAUCCUGUCAACAGAAAACGGCGUGCUCCAACAGGAGAAUUCUCAGCUGACCAAGAGGGUGGAGGAGUUGGAGGAUGAGACCAGGUACUUGAGGGCUGUGCUGGCCAAUGAGAGCAUGUUAGCCCAGCUCUUAUCCAGGCUGAGCGGUGUGAAUGGGAUGAAAUUAUCUUCCUCGCUUUUCCAGGGGCCCGACUCGAACGACCACGACUACGCGUUACCCAGGAAGCGUGUGAAAGUGGAGGAGAAAGAGACAGCUGGUGGCGUUUGUCUUCAUGUGGACAAGGACCACGUGUCAGUGGAGUUCUGCACCAAGUGUGCAGAGAGUGCAAGCGCAUCGCUCAAAAUGUAGGGUCAAGUACUUAUCUCUGUUUUCAGAUAUUGACACUGAACUUGAUAAUGGCUCUGUACUGAACUUCAUGAGGGGGAUGAACACUGUUGAAUUAGUUAAGAUUACCUAAGAACUGCUGAAUGUGCAUGUGUUUUUUGUGUCAUGAUGGAUUGAGUACACGUUACUGCUAAACCUUGUUGACAGUUUCUUCUAGGUAAUGGUUGGUCCACCAUGCGGGAUGAGUGGCUUUCUGAACACCUUUACCUCCUUGACUCCAUGUGGAUUCUGCUGGUGGAAGGUGAAGAGGCUGGACAAGCUGCUGCCAACGUGGCCUGGUAUUUUUUUAAAGGUAGUAUCGGUAACAAAUGGUAUACACGAUUAUAUUCUACCAAUACUUCACAACAUCUAGCUCUUGUCAGUAUAGCUCAUGCAACGUUUUUUGGGGGGCUUGACUACAGCUGCUCCAGCAUUCAUGAGGUGAUGCGAUCCGAGGCUUAAUAGUCUCCUAAUUAUGUCUUGUAUUUAUUGACACACUGGAAUGUAUUAAUUAAAUACAUCCAAGAAUUAUCUGAUUUAAGUGGAGAAGUUGCCAGUUUUGUGUAACAAAAUGUAAAUGUGUAUAUAACUUUGAAUACAUAUUGUUUUGAGGCAAAUGACCUUGAUGUUGGACAAAUAAAUGAUAUUUUCAUUAUGUUUGAGUUACAAAUA